AUGAACCAUGCAGUCUGUGAUCCCUGCUACACUUGUCGCAAUCGGCGCAUUCAAUGUGAUCAAUCUGGAGUACCCUGCAGUAAGUGCCAGAAGGCUGGCCUGGAAUGUCUCGAUAAGAGGCCUAUUCGAUGGGUCAAGGGUGUGGCUAUUCGCGGGAAGAUGCAAGGCCGAUCUUUUGGAAACGCGAACACCUCUUUUCCGCAGCUGAAAAACCAAUUGACCUGUGCUGUCAAAUCAAAGCAGUCAUUAAUGAACAGUUCUUUCACAUGUGGAAGAAGUUUUAAUUCUAGUGAUAAUGAACGCAUUUGCAAGCUUUUUAUUGUCUAUGAUACCAAGAUGAACCCCUUUAGAAACCUUAUUCCUCUAGGCCUGAAAGAUCCCACUCUCAUGAAAGCCCUUCUUGCUCUUGCCGCGCGUCACCAUGCCAAUACUGGCCAAUCUUUCUCCAAUAUUGAAACACCUACGUCUCCGCAACUUCUGGGUGCAAAUCGAGCUGCCCUUUCUUUCAAGCAUCAGGCUAUGGAGGCAUUGACUCAUUCUUUGCGAGAUUCAAAUUUAUCAAAGCAGGACACUACUGUGGCCAGCAUUUUUCUUUUGAUAUUUCUGGAUCUUCUCGAGUCCGGCAGUGAUGGAUGGAAUUUCCAUUUAGAAGGUGCUAAAAAUUUGAUUGCAUCGACAUAUCCACUUCCAGGAGCUCAAGCAAGUAUCAACAACGUGCCGGGACAAACUGUGCAGGAGAUUCGCGCAUUCAUUACCAAGCAAAUUAAGCUAAUUGAGACACUUGGUGCGACCUUCCUACGGCCAAAAUUAUUAUCUCAAUUCGCCACAUUCGACCAGCAAGAGUUGCAGCUUCAAGAGACCAUUGAGGCCUCCUUCCUUGGGUGCCCCGAUUACAUAUUGACCGCCAUACAAUGUCUUUCGAUGCAACGAGACAGCAUAUCGGGAUCCGUGCCUCUCGAUGACGAUGCUACUACUUCUCAUCUGCAAGAGACGUCAUCUUUGCUCGAAUUGAUCCAGAACUUCGAUUGUUUUGCCUGGGCGUCGAAUUUGGAACAGUCGAGAAAUCCUUCGCCUCAAGAAGUCCUUAACCUCUGCACGCUUUCGCGUUCAUAUAAGCUCGGCGCUCUCGUUUAUGGCAAACGGAUUCAUGAUUCUUUAACUGGCGGGGUCACUGUCCUCGACGAUGUGAUCUCAGAACUCCUGGGCCUAAUUGAUUCUUUGAAGAAUGAUCAUGUUCUGUUCAAGUGCGUGCUGUGGCCUAUAUUUGUUGCUGGCUUGGAAUGUCAUUGGCAGGUCCAAAGAGACUUUCUGGUCGGAUGUAUGGAACAAUUUUGGGAUAUCACUAGUUGUUUAAACGCAGUCAAUGCCGCCAGGAUAUUACAAGAUUACUGGAAACAAUCAGAUGCGUCAGGGCAGGCCCCGUCGCAGUGGAUAUUCGAUAUUGGUCGCUUAGGUCGGGACUGGCUCUGGAUCUAA